AUGUUCCUUUGCAGCAAAUUCAAUUAUGAGAAAGCAAAAGCCACAGAGAAAGCAAAAUCAUCGUGCUAGCUCCUCUAUAUUUGAGCUGCCACAGCAACCAAAAGAAAAAACCCUAGCUAGUUUAAUCCCAUUUCUUCAUCCACACUCGUCGUUUUCGCUGUUAAUUUAUUGAAAGUCUAUACAUAAUUUUAGGUUUUUGCUCUAAAUUUGGGCAAAAGGUUCUUCAACUAAAUUUAGCAAAAGAAUAGUUUAUUCAAACGGAGAGAGAGAGAAUUCUUUGCUUUUUUCUCGGUAUAUGAUCUGUUACAGCAAGACACCGAUUGUAAUCCCUAGGGAAAUUCCACAAUUUCAUGCGAGAAGAAGAAGAAUAUACGUGAAGUCGACCAGAUUCGGACCCGAAUAUCCGUUGGUUUUGGGGCGGAGGAGGAGGGCGGGAAUGGAUUGUAUGUCUUCUUCGUCGUCGUCGUCGCCGCCGUUAAUGCUGACGUCGGGCGCGAGCGGGCGCGUGAACGCGCUGUGCUCGCUGCGCGUGUGGAGGAGCCUGAUGAUACUGAUCAACGCAUUCGUGCUGCUCCUCCUGGUCCCGUUCCGGCGGGCCCCGUCAUCGAGAAAGGAAGAGAAGCGUGGGGAGAGCGGUGGGGCCCACCGCCAUCAGAGGAAGGUGGUGAGGGUUCCGGCGAGGAUGGUUGCGUCGAGGAAGAGCGGCGCGGUGGAGCAGGAAGUGGCGGCGAGAAGAGCGCUGGCGACGAGGAGAGUGAUGCAGGAUGGUAAUGGUGAUGGUGAUGGUGAUGAGAAGAACAAGAAGUCGGUGAGAGAGUACUCGCUGUUUGUUACGGCGAGAGGCAACACCAUUUUCACGCAGUCCUGGACACCGGUUUCGGUCAACACCAGGGGACUAGUUCUUAUUAUGCAUGGCCUGAAUGAACACAGUGGCAGAUACAAUGAUUUUGCAAAGCAACUGAAUGCUAAUGGCUACAAGGUUUAUGGAAUGGAUUGGAUUGGUCAUGGUGGAAGUGAUGGGCUGCAUGCAUAUGUUCAUUCUCUUGAUGAUGCUGUUGCUGAUAUGAAAUCAUUUCUUGAGAAGGUUUUAGCUGAGGAGAAUCCCGGGCUUCCGUGUUUUUGCUUCGGACACUCGACAGGUGCAGCGAUUGUCCUGAAGGCAAUGCUUGACCCAAAGGUUGAAGCCCGUGUAGCUGGUGCAGUACUGACAUCACCUGCAGUUGGAGUUCAACCAUCCCAUCCUAUUUUUGUGGUACUGGCCCCAAUUAUCUCAUUUUUGUUUCCUAGAUAUCAACUUAGUGCUGCAAAUAAGAAGGGCAUGCCGGUUUCUCGGGACCCGGCAGCACUGAUAGCCAAGUAUUCAGAUCCGCUAGUGUAUACGGGGUCCAUCAGGGUAAGGACUGGUUAUGAGAUUCUCCGAAUCGCAUCCUACCUGCAGCAGAAUUUGAGAAAAUUGAGAGUUCCCUUUCUAGUUCUCCAUGGUACCGCCGAUACUGUAACCGACCCAAAAGCUUCUCAGAAACUAUACAAUGAAGCCUCCUCGACUGACAAAACCAUCAAAUUGUUAGAAGGGUUCUUACAUGAUCUCCUAUUUGAACUGGAACGAGAGGCUAUUGUGAAGGACAUAAUUGAAUGGUUGAAUUGUAGAGUAUCAGGUUAGGUGGUGUAGCAAGGGAAAGUAUACUGAGAUAGGAUUUCUAGAAAAAUAGUGGCUGAAUAAAAAAAAUGCACGAUCUGGAAUUAAAGAAUUCCUUGCAACAAGAAGAGGAUUUCUUGCUUGUUUGAAGCAUUUCCCCAUUAUGAUUAUUGGCACAAAAUUGAUGAUGAUGAUGCAUCUCAAUUAAGCGAAUGCCCAUCUUUAUGUGGUCCACGAGCUUCAAAUUUCCAUAUUUCUAUUAUCUACUCCUGAAACGUGAAUGAAGUUUUCCUAUGUGUAAUCUAAUACAAAUAUAUGAGUUAAUUCUCUCA